AUGUUAGAUGCAGCCAUCAACAUGGAUUGCGGACUCUCCCUGUGGCUGGUGGUGUGGCUGGUCCUCGGCAAGCCCGGUCCGUCGGCGUCGUGCCCGCAUCUAUGCGUGUGCUACCCGACUCCCAUGACCGUGAGCUGCCAGGCGCAGAACUUCACCUCCGUGCCCGUCGGCGUGCCCUACGACUCGCAGCGUGUGUUCCUACAGAACAACCGAAUUACGGAGCUCAGAGUUGGCUCUUUCGGCUUCGGGACUCAGGUCCUGUGGCUGUUCUCCAACAACAUCACGUGGAUUGAGGCUGGCUCCUUCAGUGAGCUGAGGGAUCUAGAGGAGCUGGACCUGGGGGACAACUCUCACCUGCGCAGGCUGGAAGGAGGCGCCUUCAGGGGCCUGGAGAAACUCCAGAGUCUCCACAUGCACCGCUGCAAGCUCACCGCCCUGCCCCACGACCUGUUCCACAAGCUGUACAGCCUGCAGUUCCUCUACCUGCAGGAGAACCAGCUCCACUUCCUCCAGGAUGACCUCUUCUCUGACCUCAUCAACCUGAGCCAGCUUUUCUUGCAUGGAAACCGUAUCCGUACUCUGUCGGAGAACGUGUUCCGUGGCCUGGUCAACCUGGACCGCCUUCUUCUCCACGACAACCGUGUGCGCCAGGUUAACCGCAGGGCGUUCCGCGACCUCGGACGCCUCACCAUGCUCUUCCUGUUCAACAACUCAUUGGCUGAGCUCCCCGGCCAGGCUCUCCGUGACACCCAGGGCAUCGAGUUCCUCCGUCUCAAUGGGAACCCCUGGUCCUGUGGCUGCGAGGCCCUCCCCCUGUGGGAGUGGUUCCGUGGCGCCCGCGUCUCAUCGUCCGAGCUGUUGUGUUCCUCCCCGUCCCCCCGCCGCGGGAUGGACCUCCGCUUCCUCCGUGAGAUGGACUUCGCCCUCUGCCCUCUCCCCGACCCUGGCACCCUGGCCGGCUCCACCACGAGGACCUUCAGCACCAAGACAAGAUGGUGGUUCUCCAAGCACAAGCCCCAGUCCCAGACCAAGGCAGUGUUCGAGAAGAGCUCCGAGACCAUCAAGGCCUUCCCGUUCCCCCAAGGAAAGAACAACCCACCCAUCGUGUCCUCCACCAACGUCAAGUACGAGCUCGGUGAGGAAGAGGCAGCCCUACCCAAACUCGACGCUGAAGAGUACUGGGCGAACUAUGGGAACGAGGACGCCGGCACCACGCUGCGAUGCUUCGAGCUCGAGUGUCCGCCUGACUUCGAUGGCCUCCCUCCCAACUCCUCCUCCACCCUCACAUCAUCCCCCUCUCUCUCACUCCUCCUCGCCCUCUCGCUACUCGCCUUCUCCAUCAAUCUACACCUCAUAUUUGGCUGAAUCAGACUGAGUACCCACUUCCCGUUCCUGUCUUCGCCCCGGCCCCUCUCAGGGCAUGGGGAACCCCUUGUUAAAGACUCUGUACCUCCCUAGUUAACCCUCUGAUGUCCUACUGGAUAACCUCUGUCAGUAGUACAGGACAGCAGGGGAUACAAAGGGGAGGGUUAGAUUGUUACUUCUAACUUAAUGCAGGGUUAAACAACAAUGGCUGACAGUACAUAGUACACUAUUGUACAUAGUACAAUAUAGUACAGUACAGUAGUCAACCAAGGCUGUUACUACAACAGGUGCAUCUCACCUGUCUGGUGUGUUGGUUGCCGUGACGACGCCUGCAAUCAGGGGUCAGGGGUCACCUGUAACGCUCUACAGCGAACACCAGUGCUACUUACUGUUGCGAAUGCUAUAACUGUUGUCACUUGGAGGAAUAUUACUACUACAAGUGCUACGACGAUUACAUGCAUGUUACGACUACUACUAUUCAGAACACGUCUGCUACUACAAGUGCUACGGCGAUUACAUGCAUGUUACGACUACUACUAUUCAGAACACGUCUGCUACUACAAGUGCUACGAUUACAGUUACGACAGUAUCUACAUUUCUACUGUUGUACUAACUCUGACAACUGUACUGUAAAUAGGUGGGUGUACUUGAUGGUGCAGUGCAGUUGGGAUUUCCUUCUUAUAUGUUGUCUACCACGAUGCCUACUUUAUAAUGGAUUGUUUACAGAGAAAUCGCUAAGGGGAGAGAGAAAAGAAGGGAUGAAAGAGAGGCAGUCACCAGCGUACGAGAAGGUGAGAGAGGAUAUGUAGAGAGAUAUGUAAAGGUAGAGAGAGAGAAAGACACACAGAGAGAGGAUAUGUAGAGAGAUAUGUAAAGGUAGAGAGAGAG